AUGAUAUUUUCGCCAGCUCCACAAAUCCAAGCUGGACCACGAACGGCGACCGCUUCGCAUCGGGACGACAGAAUGGUGGAUGGGUCAGCGGCAAGGCGGGCGGAUCGUAUGACUCUCCUGGAACACGGAGCCAUGGCCGCCGAUCUUGUAGACAUUGUCCGCGCUUCUACAACGGAAAUUGUUGUCGUUGUGUGCGUCGUGCCAUCGAGCGUGCCCUCGCGCGUAACCCUCGCGCGGCCUGCACCGCUCCGUCUGCUGGCUCGCGCCAGCCGCAUGCACACCUCUUCGAUUGCAUCGAACACGCUGAUAGCCUCUGUCAAGUUCAACUUGGGCGAUGGUGGAGAAUUUGACAGUGGUGAGAGAUCGGAGGAUGAGGAGUUGGGAGGAGUGUUCUGGAGAUUAAAAAGGUUAGCAAAAUCCUGUGGAUGGGGACGAGGAGGGGAUCAGGAUGAUGAGCACAAGGACGACGAAAACGUGGGCUCAAGCUCCAAGAACAAGGGAAAGAAGCGAGUGCCAGAUAACGACGACCCCGAGACUCUCAUCGAGAUGCUGGCCCUAAUCGCGGGCGAAGGGGACGUGACGAAAGUUGCAGAAGAGCACAAGACUCGUGGUAUCAAUUGCCCAGGCCAUUUACACCGGUUGGAACUCUUGCAAUGGAGCCACGAAGCGCUGGGAGAAGAUUGGCAGAAGAAGAGGAAUGUAGAGGCUUCGAAAUCGAAAGUCAAAUUCACGGACUUGUAA